AUGUCUGAAAAACAGUACUAUAGGAACCUACUACUUCGUGUUCAAGAUAAGAUUCGUUCUCUUGGCGCAACAAAUAGAAAUCGCUGGGCCGCUUUCUGCUACAACAAAUCCAUGACAAUGGCAGAAUUUGGUCAGAAAAUGGAGAAAUACAACAUGACAUUCGAAGGGAACGACUUACAAGUCCUUUGGGAUUCUGUUGGUAUCGAAGGAGAUAUGAAUUUUACGGAAUUUCUGAAAUUUAUGCAAACAGAUGUCGAUGAAUUUCAACCAGUUUUAUCCAGUAGACGCCAAUAUCCAAAGGAAGAACCAGCAGAUCUACCACCACUUCGAGAAGCCUAUGAAAAUCCAAGUUACAGUGGAAAUCGUGGUUACGAGAAGCCAUCCUUAGGUGGAUAUGAUGACAAGUCUAGUUACCAAGAUAAUGACUACGGAAAACCAUCAUAUGGUUCAAAUCCUUCAUAUGGAGGUUAUGGAAACGAUAGAUUUGCAAAUGACGAUCGUUUCGGAGGUAGCAAGUAUGAUGCCCAGCCAGCUGCUCCACAAUCAUACAGUUCUAACCUUGCCAGCGAUAUAAUUCAUGAAAACUUGAGAGAUAUCGUCAUUGGAUGCAUGUCCAAGGAUUCCUUGAUCACUGGUGAAGUCUCUCGCAGUGCUUUCAUUGAUGUUUGCACUAAAUACGGAGUUCCUGAAUCAACUCAAGGAUUUGGCAAGAUCUUACAGAUUGGAGAUCCAUCAGCAUCAGGUCUAAUUCAAUAUUUCCUAGUUGCAGCUAAAGUUUGCUCCGAAUCAAUAAAUCUUCCGCCAUUGAACACAAAUUACUCACCAAACUACGUGGCUCCUGAAUCAAAUAUAAGAAAUAGUGCUACAAGAUACAACGAUUACGGCGGAUUCUCGAAUGAACCUGUCAGAUCUCCAAUCAGCUCACCAAAGGCCAACAGAUACGAAAACUACAACUCCUCAGCCCAGAAAUCAUCCUACGACUACAAUUCCCCUCAAACUAACCAAUACGAUUAUAAUUCUCCUCGUGCUGGCUCGAAUGGGCUCCGUAGUCCAUCUGGACGAUCAAACUACCAAGCAUUCUCACGAGAAGAGCCAAGAGAGAACAUUGACCAAAACGAUGCUCCUUAUUACGAAUACCAGCCACCACAGCUCGUCAAAACCGCCAUGGUCGACCACGGAAUAUUCGGAGAAUCACCUUACAAACCACAAACUGUCCAACAAAGAACUCCAUCAGUACAACCAUCGCCAAGACCUUAUACAGCCACAAGAAGCCAAAGCAAUGUCAAUCCUGAUGACGUUUUGAAGAGAGUUGGCGAAAUAAUUCAAGGAAAACCAACUCAUUUGUUCAAUAAAUGGCGCGGAUACAAUACAAAGAUGACUGCUAAUGAUUUACAACGUGGUCUCCUUAGAGAAUACGACUACAAUGUCCCUAUUUCUACUGUUGAAGAAAUAUGUGACAGAUAUGGUGGAGAAUUAAACCUCUCCAACUUCGUGAAAUUGAUAUCUGAUGGUGCACAACUACAUUCCGCAUCAAGUAGAUCAGUUUCUAAUUACGUGCCUCAGUCUAGGAAGAUGACAGAAGAUGAUCAAACGAUAGACGAUAUCGCAAAGCAAUUUGUUGGUCAGGAUUUCACAGCUUUGACAGAAAAAGCAAGAAAUGCUGAUGAUCUUUGCAUAAUUUUCUCUAGAUGCGGUAUCAAUUUCGAUGAAGCAAGAGUGAAGAAACUUGUUUCUAAACAGGGUAAGAAUGGAUUCGUUGAUGCUAUUGCAAUGAGACUCAAUAAUGUUAAUUAA